AGAAAACAAAUCUAUAAAAAGAGGGACUGUGAGAAGGAGAGAGAGCAAGCGGAAGUGAGGAAGGGAAAACAGGCAGACAGGGAGAAUAGAACGUUUAGGCUAGAGUAGAGAGGAACAUAAACUAAAAGGGGGAAUCAGGGAAAACUCCAGUCCAGUCAUGGAAGGAGAGUUGGAAGAAGAGGCCGGGAGUUUCACUAACAUCUCCCUAGCCGAUGACAGACCUACAGUGGACAGAGGAACUGCAGCCCUGCAUACCAAACAGGACAACGAGGUCUUCACCAUGAACUGCGACAUGGAUGGAGACAUGGAGAACCAGGUAGAGAUGGAGGAGAAGACGAGGCUCAUCAACCAGGUGCUGGAGCUACAACACACACUGGAAGACCUGUCAUCACGUGUGGACGCGGUCAAAGAGGAGAACCUGAAGUUGAAGUCGGAGAACCAGGUUCUAGGCCAGUACAUCGAGAACCUCAUGUCGGCCUCCAGUGUGUUCCAAACCACCGGCACCAAGAGCAAACGGAAGUAACCCACGACGACCAGGGGGAGUGAGACCACCUACAACAGCCUGGUACCAGAUCUGUUUGUGUUUUUACCAUCUCCAUGUUUGGGAUGACAAAACAGAAGGCAUGAUAGCACAAACAGACUGGCACUCAGGCUACCUGCAACAUCUCCUCUCCCAAAUUACAGCAGAGUAGGUGGAAGUGUUCUUCAACCAUAGUUCUAGGGACAGAUACGGAUGUGUUCCAAAUGGAAGCUUAUUUCCUAUGUAGUGCACUACCAGGGAAUAGGGUGCCAUGAGCUCUGGUUAAAAGUAGUGCACUGUGUAGGGAAUAGGGUGCCAUGAGCUCUGGUUAAACGUAGUGCACUACGUAGGGUAGUCUAAUCCUAGAUCUGUGGUUAGGGGUGACUUCUACUUCAGACUCCCAAAUCAUCCCUACACUCCAACCCCACCCCUAAGAGUCCAGUUUACAGUCUUAUUUGACCUCUUUUACCCUCCUAACAUAUAAAUGCACAUCAAACCCCAGACAUUAUUUAACUCUUUUAUAAUUCAUCUUAUUUUAUAAUACUGUAUUGUUUUGUCAACUGCAUCUCUUCCUAGUUAUGACAUCAGACCUUUUUAUUUUGAUGACUAGUUUAUACUGGUUUGAUCUGGAAUGAAACUGGACUUGACUGGCUGUGCUGUUGAAUAUGAAGGCCAAUCUCUUGGCCCAAAAUAUAUGAAUCAAGGAUAUUAAAUGACAUGGCGGUGUAAUUCACUAAUAUAUUAUUAACGCACUCCAACUGUUCUCUCAUCUAAUCGAUUGAUUGAUCAAAGGUUACUAAGUGUCUGUGUUCUAAUUGUUAAUUUCCACCACUUAUUGAUCAACACAAACAUGAUGAAAUAUGAUUCUGUAUGACGUUUAUUUAAGCAGUACUACUAACAUACUCAAAAGAUGUUGUCAUCGCUGUUAUGCUACUCAUUCCUCUAUGAACGUGAUUCCUAAUUCAUAUCGUCACCAUGGAGUGCUGUGUGGAGUCAGUAGGUAAAGAAAAAGCACAGAAAACAGGUGUUACGCUGUACAUAACAAAUGAUGCUCCUGAUGCCAUCUUGAAUGCAACCCUUGACUAGGGUCAAGCUAAACUACAGGGUAAGACAGCCUACUUUACCUAUGAUGGUGGAGGGAGGGAGGAGGAGAGAAGGAUGGAGAAAGUGAGGGAGGACAGGAGAGAGAGAGAGCUCUUGCCCCUGCUUUUUACAGUGAAAGAGAGCCUUGAGUGGUAUUGAUUAGAACACUCAGGCUGGAGAACACUCCGGAAGGUUCUGUGUUCCGUCAGUGCAUUAACACAGAUCUGCUGAUCGGAACGUUUUUAUUCCUUCUUUGGAAAAUGGAUUGUGGAAGCAUGGCUGUGCUGCCCUAGGCUGGUUAUAGUAAUAAGAUAAGGGUCCAGCAAGAGAUUCUAUGAGAGGAGAACCUUUAUCGGGGAUGUGAUCAGGACAUGGACAAUUGGGAUUUUGGCUAGGAGAUGGCUAGGUCAGUUUCAAUUCUAUUUGAAUAGAGGAUAAAAUGGUCAGAAAUUCCUAAUUAAUCAGGAAGAAUCACAACACUCAAUUGUACAGAGAUCAGAAAUAAGAGUUGAGCGAGAGAUUCUAAGGUUCUAUUGGUUCCACGCGCUGAAGGAAAAGAUGAGGGAAUAUUGAGAUGAUUCCACUGCACUUCAAUGCAUCACAUUAUUUAUUUAUUUUGUAAUAUGUUAAAAUGGUAUUAUAAUUGUAUGCUUCAGUGACUCUUGUUACUCCCAAAUGGCACCCUAUUCCCUAUAUAGUGCACUACUUUGAGCCUGUAGGCCCUGGUCUAAAGUAGUACACUAUACAGGGUGCCAUUUGGGAACUGCAACUUCUUCGUUUUUCCUUCAGGCAUGUUGAUAAUCGCUACACACAUCCUAUGGAACAAAUUGCCUUGUGUGUAGAAGUGUAUAGAUUUUAUGACUGUUGCCUUUUAACACUUUUGUUUUAAUAAAAAAAUACUUCUUAAGCUUU